AUGUCUUCAUAUCAGUCACUGAGAGAUCGCCAAGUAGUAGUUGACGAACCCAAAGCCUCGAUCGAGCGCAUACUCAAUCUCAACCAUGCGAACUCCGAAAACAGCGACCUCGAAGCCUCGACAUCGAACGGCGUAACACCCAAGUCCACCCCGAUCCUCAACUCUGACGGCGAGCCGAUAUGGAAAGUGCUGGUCUUCGACAACUUAGGAAGAGAUGUCAUUAGUAGCGUGCUGCGGGUUAACGACCUACGAAGCUGGGGAAUCACAAUACACUUAAACAUCAAUGGACAGCGGCAUGCCAUACCCGAUGUACCUGUGGUGUAUCUCGUUGAGCCGACAGCGUCGAACUUGGAGCGCAUCACUCAGGACUUGCAGAACGGCUUGUAUUCGCCUGCAUACAUCAACUUCCUCUCUUCCAUUCCACGGCCACUGCUCGAAGACUUCGCAACGCAGACGGCCCAAGCGAACACCUCCGAGAGCAUCAGUCAGGUCUUCGACCAGUACCUGAACUUCAUUGUCAGCGAACCCAACUUGUUCAGCUUGGGUAUGGGCAAGGAGACAUACUGGGCGAUGAACAGUGCUCAGACGAGCGACGAAGAGAUCGAUAACAAUGUCGACCGCAUCGUCAGCGGACUGUUUAGCGUCGCAGUAACGAUGGGCACAAUACCCAUUAUCAGAUGUCCAAAGGGAGGCGCCGCCGAGAUGAUCGCUGCAAAGCUGGACCGUAAGCUCCGCGACCACAUCUUGAACUCAAAGGACAAUCUGUUCUCGGGCAAAUCGACGGCAACAACGUCUUCGAGACCAGUACUGAUCAUCGUCGAUCGGAAUGUCGACCUUGUACCAAUGCUCUCCCACUCCUGGACAUAUCAAUCCCUGAUUCACGACGUACUGAGCAUGCAUCUGAACCGCAUCACUGUGGAGACGCCGGCGGAGGAGGGAAACGUGGCAAAAGGGACCGUCAAGAAGUCCUAUGAUCUGAACUCGAACGACUUCUUCUGGAACAAGAACUCUGGCACGCCAUUCCCACAAGUCGCGGAAGACAUCGAUGCGGAGCUGACCCGGUACAAGGAAGAUGCCGCAGACGUUACGAAGAAAACAGGUGCAAAUUCGAUAGAGGACCUACAGAACGACACUAGUGCGUCUGCGCAACACUUGAAAGCUGCGAUCACGCUUCUACCUGAGCUGCGGGAGCGCAAAGCUCUUUUAGACAUGCACAUGAACAUUGCCUCGGCGUUGCUGAAUGGCAUCAAGGACCGACAACUUGAUAACUUUUUCCAGCUUGAGGAAGACAUCAAGAAGCAGACCAAGCCACAAAUGUUGGAGCUUAUCAACGGAGCUGAUCAUGGUAAUGAGCCCUUGGACAAGCUUCGCAUCUUCAUCAUCUGGUUCUUGAGCACUGAAGCGGAGCUGUCUCGAACAGAUAUGGAGCAGUUCGAAGAAGCGCUAAAGAAGCAAGGCGUCGACACAUUGCCGUUGACAUACAUCCGACGUGUGCGAGAGAUCACGCGGAUGACGAUGAUUUCGUCUGCGCCAGAGAAGCAGCCACAACAAUCAUCGGCAUCCAACGAUCUAUUCCGCGGCUUCAGCUCGAUCUCUUCCCGUCUUACAGACCGGUUCAAGGAUGCAGGUCUCGGCGCGAACUUCGACAACCUGAUCUCGGGCGUGAAGAACUUUUUACCGGCCAACAAGGACCUGACGCUCACGAAGAUCACCGAGAGUCUGAUGGACCCGCAGAACGCGUCAACAAGCGCGCUGCAGAAGACAGAAGGCUUCUUAUACUUCGACCCGCGAUCUGCCAAUGCUCGAGGAACGAUGCCACCCAGUGCCAAAGAUGCACGGUCGGGCACACAGCAGACACGUGGCAUUGACCCGUCGUUCGGGCAGCGGAGACAAGGCUUUAGUGAAGCCAUCGUCUUCACAGUGGGUGGUGGCAGCAUGGACGAGUACGGCAAUCUGCAGGACUGGUCGAAACGCACGACAGGCGGAGCUGGUAACGCAAGUACAGUCGGCCGGAAACGUGUCGUGUAUGGCAGUACAGAACUUGUCAAUGCGGCCACGUUUUUGCAGGAGUUGACGAAGCUGGGUAAAGAGAGCUCAUAG